UCGUAGUCAACCUUGUGCAACACUGUCAUAAGUCUGCUCCUGGCCAAUUGCCUCCUUUGUGUGCCAAGAUAUAGGUAGAAUUGCGGGUGUUAUAACCAAUGAAAUUGGAAACCGGUCUUUGUGACCGCUUUCAUAAUCUUCUAUUAGCCAAUCAACAUCGUGCAGUGGGCGGGUAGUUGUAGAUGUAGUCUCCGAUUACAAACACUUGUAUAGGAGAGUUUAUGCCGAUGAAUGACGGAAGAGACUUCUCUGGGACGUCUACACUGAAGAAAAGGAAUAUUGUCAUUCAUGCAGAAUUGCUGAACUAUGGCUUAAUAGCACCUUGCAGCGCAACAUGGGGAUUGGGACUCAGCUCUUGCUUCUUCUCUGGAAGAACAUCACUUACCGCAGGAGGAACAAGAUCCAGUUGAUUAUUGAACUGGUCUGGCCUCUGUUUCUGUUCCUCAUCCUCAUCGCAGUUCGUCGCUCUCAUCCUCCUUACAAGCAGAGCCAAUGUCAUUUCCCCAACAAGGCACUUCCCUCAGCAGGCACUGUACCUUGGGUUCAGGGGAUUAUCUGCAAUAUCAACAACCCCUGCUUCCAAGGCCCCACUCCGGGGGAAACCCCAGGGCGGGUGGGCAACUUUGACAACUCCAUACUCUCUCGACUCCUAGUGGACGCCCAGUCAAUCCUGUCCUACAGUGGCAACCAGACUGCCUUCUCCGGCUUCCAGGACCUUCUUGAUACAAUACAGAGACUUGGAGAGAGACCAGGCGCAUGGCCAAAUCUUCCUGUGAUUGAAUACCUCAGGGCCAAUCAGACAUUCUCCAACUUCCUCUUGACCAAUGGCAGCCUGUCUCCCUCUGCGCUAGACCAGCUGUUGAGGGCCCGUCUGAACUUUCAGGUGGUUUCUCUGGCAGGCACUGGGAGUAUGCUGAAGGACAUUGUGUGCAAUGCCACUGUGCUGAGCCGGUUCCUCACCGUGGAACGAGGCGACUCUAUGGAGGAUCUACAGAACCAGCUCUGUGCCAUCCCGGCCGGCACCCUGCUCCAAGCAGAGCAGCUCUUCCUCUCCCAGCUGGACUUCAGCAAGUUCUUCACGAGAGAAAGACUCCUGGCCAACGCCGGUGACCUCCGAGUCAUCAGUCAGUCGGUCACCUCCGUGUCCAAAGAGUUGGCCGUGCUCAUGGAUGAUCUGUCGUCUCUCUCCAGCUUCGCAGAGCUGAACGCUGAGCUGCGGCUGCUCUCACCGGAGAACCGCUCGGCGCCGCCUCAGGAGAGCUUCAGGGCCUUCUCACGGAUCAUGUGUGGGCACCCUGAGGUGGGCGGGGAGAGGAUCCCAUCGUUGAACUGGUACGAGGACAACGACCUUAAAUCCUUCCUGGGCAAGAACGGGACGGAGGACACCGACAUGGACAAGGACAACGUCACCAGCCCGUACUGUAAAUCCUUGGUCCGGAGCCUGGAGUCCAACCCCCUGUCACGCAUCGUGUGGCGAGGGAUCAAGCCCCUGUUCACGGGCAAGCUGCUCUACACCCCUGACACCCCCGCCGUACGCGACGUCAUGAAGGAGGUGAACAAGACCUUCCAGGACCUGCAGAUCUUAGAGGACCUGAACGGUGCCUGGGCGGAGCUGGGACCUCGUGUCAAGACCUACAUGGAGAGCAGUGUGGAGAUACAGCUGCUGCAGGAUCUGCUUAGGCGUCCAGAGGUGGCUGUGUUGGUCAACCUGCAGCUGGAGAACACUUCCUGGACGGCCAAGCGCAUUGCCCACUUCCUGUCCACGCCCAACGGACCUAGGAAAGAAGGAGCACCCCCGACCUGGCUGGAUGUGUACAGCGACUUCAACAACAGCAUCACAACCCUGGCCCAAGUCACCCAGUGCUUCUCCUUGAACAAGCUGGAGGGAGUCGCCACUGAGGGACAGAUGAUUGACCGGGCUUUGGAGCUGCUGGAGCAGAGGGAGUUCUGGGCUGGGAUCGUCUUCCUCCUGCCCAACACCUCCUCGUCUAGCCUGCCUCCGCACGUCACCUACAAGAUACGCAUGGACAUUGACGAUGUGGCUCGCACCAACAAGAUCAAGGACAGGUUCUGGGACCCGGGCCCGGCAGCGGACCCCUUCAGUGACAUGCGCUACAUCCGGGGCGGCUUCGUAUACGUCCAGGACCUGGUGGAGCGGGCCGUAGCCCGUGUGCUGAGCGGCGUCCAGCCGACCACCGGCGUCUACAUACAGCAGAUGCCCUACCCCUGCUAUGUGGAUGACGUGUUCCUGCGUGUGCUGAAUCGCUCGCUGCCCCUGUUCAUGACGCUGGCGUGGAUCUAUUCGGUGGCCAUGAUCAUCAAAGGCAUGGUGUACGAGAAGGAGGCCCGGCUCAAGGAGACCAUGAGGAUCAUGGGUCUGGGCACGGGCCAGCUGUGGUUCAGCUGGUUCCUCAGCAGUCUGGUGCCCUUCCUCAUCAGCGCCUGGCUCCUCAUCGCUCUGCUCAAGUGGGGGGACAUCCUGCCCUACAGCAACCCAGCGGUGGUCUUCUUUUUCCUUACGGCCUUCGCAACAGCCACCAUCAUGCAGUGUUUCCUCAUCAGCACCUUCUUCUCCCGGGCUAACCUGGCGGCCGCCUGCGGAGGCCUCAUCUACUUUGCCCUCUACCUGCCCUAUGUGUUGUGUGUGGCCUGGAGAGACCACCUCACUACCAGUCACCGCGUCUUAGCCAGCCUGUUCUCUCCUGUGGCCUUUGGCUUUGGCUGUGAGUAUUUCUCCCAGUUUGAGGAGCAAGGAGUUGGUAUCCAGUGGUUCAACCUGCGCUCCAGUCCCAGGGAGGGAGACACCUACAGUUUCACCACGUCUAUAGUUAUGCUGUACGUCGAUGCUUUUGUCUAUGCUGUGGCCGCCUGGUACAUUGAAGCCGUAUUCCCAGGGCAGUAUGGGGUACCCAGGCCGUGGAAUUUUGUGUUCUCUUUAAACUUCUGGGGAGGAAUCCCUCUAGAAGCCGGCAUGCCCAUUCCUCCUGCUCCCACAGGACAGGAAGAUGAUCGUAUUGAAGCCGAACCCACUCAUCUCGUACUGGGCGUGGCCAUCCGCAACCUCGUCAAAAUCUACAAGAAAGGCGCAAAGCUGGCAGUCAACCACCUCAACCUAAAGUUCUACGAAGGCCAGAUCACUUCUUUUCUGGGACACAACGGAGCUGGCAAAACCACUACCUUGUCUAUCCUGACGGGUCUGUUCCCCCCCACGGCUGGAACCGUGUACAUUAAGGGCAUGGACAUCCGCUAUGACAUGGACACCAUCAGGAAGACUCUGGGAGUGUGUCCUCAGCACAAUGUGCUCUUUGACAUUUUGACCGUGGAGGAACACGUGUGGUUCUAUGGUCGUCUGAAGGGCCUGUCGAGCGAGGAGGUGAAGAAGGAGCUGGACGUGCUCCUCCAGGAUGUCGGUCUGCUGCACAAACGACAUGAGCAGACCAAGAACCUGUCUGGUGGCAUGCAGAGGAAGUUGUCCGUGGCCAUAGCGUUUGUGGGCGGUUCUAAGGUGGUGAUCCUGGACGAGCCCACAGCCGGGGUGGACCCCUACUCCCGUCGGGGCAUCUGGGACCUGCUGCUCAAGUACCGCAAAGAUCGCACCAUCAUCCUCUCCACCCACUACAUGGGUGAGGCUGACCUCCUGGGAGAUCGCAUCGCCAUCAUCUCCCAGGGGAAGCUGUGCUGCUGUGGCUCGCCCCUCUUCCUCAAGGCCCGGCUGGGGACGGGAUACUACCUCACCGUGGUCAAGAAGGAGGGUCUGGAGGGUCGGACCCCCGCUAGUGCCAGCGCCACCAAGCUCCCCGCUGUCGCCAAGGACAGUGACUCCUCCAUGAGUGACGACACAGGACUGGGCAGUGACAUCAGCGGCCCAGACCUGGCCGCUUUGUUGGCCCUGGCGCAGCGCCAUGUUCCCGGGGCGCGGCUGGUGGAGGAUGUUGGGCGCGAGGCAGUCAUCAACCUGCCCCACAAGUCGGCAGAGGACAGCAGCCUGGCCGUCUUCCUCAACGAGCUGGACCACAGGAAGGCUGAUCUGGGCAUCACCAGCUACGGCUUGUCAGACACCACACUGGAGGAGAUCUUUCUGAGAGUGGCUGAGGAGACAGGGGUAGACAUGGACUCAGAGGGGAGCCUGGGACAGCCUCACAAUCCCCAGCAUCAGGGUGAAGGACCGAGAACACCUGGAGAGCCACCUGAGCAUCCAGGAAGGAAACACAAGACAGAACCUCAGGAGACAGACCUGCUGAGUGGGGAAGGCCAUGGUGGAGUCCCUCUGACUGGAUGGGGCCUGACCUGGCAACAGCUCCGGGCACUCUUCAUCAAGAGGUGGCUGUACGCCAUCCGCAGUCGCAGGGGCUUAUUCGCCCAGAUUGUGCUGCCUGCCGUGUUUGUGUUGAUCGCUCUGCUCUUCAGCCUCAUUGUCCCUCCGUUUGGGAAGUACCCCUCCCUCCAGCUGCAGCCCUGGAUGUACGGCGAACAGUACACCUUCUUCAGUAAUGACGCGCCUGAGGACCAAGUCAUCCAGAAUCUACUGGAGGCGCUUCUCCAGCGGCCUGGCUUUGGGACAAAAUGCAUGGAGAACAGCACGGAUCCCCAGUGUUUGCAAGAGGAACAAGGCACUUUCAUGAGGCCCCAAGUUCCCCACUCUGAGUGGAAGAUCUUCAACCAGGGGAACUGGACUGCGGACCGGCCUUCUCUUGAUUGUGCGUGCAGCUCUGAGGAGGUCCGCAGGAUGCUCCCAGAAUGCCCUGCAGGGGCUGGUGGCAUCCCCCCUCCACAGAUCAAGAGAUCGACAGGAGAUAUCUUGCAGAAUCUGACUGGUCGCAAUAUCUCAGACUACCUGGUGAAGACCUACCCUCAGACCAUGAAGAAAAGCCUAACGUCCGCCACCAAGAAGUGGAUCAACGAAUUCAGAUAUGGGGGCUUCUCCCUUGGAGCCAGAGGCUCUCAGAGUGUUCCACAGACCAGCCGAAUGGAGGACGUCGUCAUGACAAUACGGUCACGAUACAACGUGGCACAGAACAGCUCAUUGGAUCAGCUCCUGGGUCGGCUUCCGGAGUUUCUGAGUGGAUUGAACAGUAAGAACAAUGUUAAGGUAUGGUACAACAACAAAGGCUGGCACGCCAUGGCAUCGUUUGUGAAUGUCAUGAACAACGGCCUUCUACGUGCCAGCCUGCCCCCAGGGACGGAGAGAUUGAGACACGGGAUAACCGCCUACAACCACCCCCUCAACCUCACCAAGGAACAGCUCACCGAAAUGGCCAUGAUGACAACUUCGGUGGAUGUACUGGUGUCCAUCUGUGUGAUGUUUGCCAUGUCCUUUGUUCCGGCCAGCUUCGUGCUGUUUCUGAUAGAGGAGAGGGUCAGCAAGGCCAAGCACCUUCAGUUUGUCAGCGGCGUCAGGCCCAUCCUCUACUGGCUGGCUAACUUCACCUGGGACAUGCUGAACUACACAGUCCCAGCCGUCAUGGUGGUCCUCAUCUUCAUUGGCUUCCAGCAGCAGUCCUAUGUGUCCGAAUCCAACCUCCCCGCUCUGGUUCUGCUGCUCCUGCUUUAUGGUUGGUCUGUCACGCCUCUGAUGUACCCAGCCUCCUUCCUGUUCAGCGUACCCAGUACCGCUUACGUGGUCCUCACAUCAGUCAACCUCUUCAUCGGGAUUAAUGGCAGCAUCGCCACUUUUGUCUUGGAGCUGUUUGUGGAUCCGCACUUGAACGGCAUCAACAAGAUCCUGAAGAAAGUCUUCCUGAUCUUUCCCCACUUCUGUCUGGGCCGAGGUCUUAUCGACAUGGCCAAGAACCAGGCUAUGUCGGACGCUUUUCAGAGACUGGGCGCCAAGCAGACCCUGGACCCCCUGAAAUGGGACUUUGUGGGGAAGAACCUGUUUGCCAUGGCAGUGGAGGGCGUUGUGUUCUUUCUCUUCACCAUACUGCUACAGUACAAGUUCUUCAUUAAUUGCAGGCCCUGCUCUGAGCCUGGGCUGCUGCCUCUUGGUCCAGAGGACGAGGACAUCGCUAAGGAGAGAGAGAGGCUAAAGAGCGGGCGAGCCCAAGCUGAUAUACUCACCAUGAUUGACCUGAGCAAGGUGUACAAAGCGGGCAAGAAGCCAGCAGUGGAUCGUCUGUGUUUGGGAAUCCCACGUGGAGAGUGUUUUGGGCUGCUGGGUGUGAACGGGGCCGGCAAAACCUCCACGUUUCGCAUGCUGACUGGAGACACCACUGUCAGCUAUGGAGAAGCCUUCCUUAGUCAUCACAGUGUUCUGACGGAGAUGGACCAGGUCCACCAGCUGAUGGGCUACUGCCCUCAAUUCGAUGCCAUCUGUGACCUGCUGACGGGCAGGGAGCAUCUGGAGUUCUACGCCAGGCUCCGAGGGGUGCCGGAGGAGUCUGUGUCCAAGGUGGCUCGGUGGGGGGUGAGGACGCUCGGGCUGACCCAGUACGCAGAGCGAGAGGCCGGGGCCUACAGUGGUGGCAACAAACGCAAACUCUCCACCGCCAUUGCGCUUAUCGGAGCGCCGCCUGUUAUAUUCCUGGAUGAGCCCACCACUGGCAUGGACCCCAAGGCCAAGAGAUUUCUGUGGAACUGUAUCCUGACUGUAAUCAAAGAUGGACGGGCUGUUGUUCUCACAUCCCACAGUAUGGAGGAAUGUGAAGCUCUCUGCACCCGAUUGGCCAUCAUGGUGAACGGCAGGUUCCAGUGUCUGGGCUCUGUUCAGCACAUCAAAAACAGGUUUGGGGACGGCUACACCAUCGUCCUCCGUCUGGCGGGGUCCAAUCCACCCAACACCCCUGAGAACCCGUGCCCAGUAGACUCCUAUAUUAAGAGCUCCUUCCCCGGCAUUGAACUGAUGGAGAGGCACCAGAACGUUCUGCAGUACCAGCUGCCCACCGGUGCCUGCUCUUUGGCGCGGGUCUUUGACGUGCUGUCCAGCAACCAUGAGGAGCUGGGCAUCACUGACUACUCUGUGUCACAGACUACCCUGGACCAGGUGUUUGUGAACUUUGCAAAGGAGCAGAGCGACGAUGACCAUCUGAGAGAAGUAACAAUCAAUGGUGAGACACCACCAGCUCAGGCCAGCAGUGCCGCCCAAACACCCAGGUCUCCUCGGUCUGGCCAGUCCUCAGACAGAAAACCAAAAGGGACCAAACCAAAUGGAGUCAUGGACAGUGGCAUGGCGAUGACAAGCAGGCCACAGCAAAAGGAAGAAAAACCACAGCUAAGCCAGAAGCCCCAGUCGAGCAGAGGAUCGAGUCGCGGAGAAGGCAGAGUGGAGUCGAGUAUCAGGGAGACAGGAAAAGGAGCGUCGAUAAGCAGUAGUAGUUUAAGUAGGGAAUCUGAAGCCAAAAAAUCCAAGGGAUCAGGGGACACCUCAGCCAAUAAGGAUCUGACCCAACUGUUCCUAGUGGGUGGAAAUGCACAACGCAGCAAUGUGUGACGUUAUGGAGGCACAGGUGGACAGGCUGGCACCUCUGUGUGGUCCAGGGGUAUCUAUCCACUGACGCUUACUCUGAAGUCUAGGUUUUGUGCCUUGUUCAUUCUCCCUCACACCUAUACUGUAGUGAUCCAGUACCUCCAAUUGUAUUUAUGUCUAAUUACUUACGGGCACUUUAAGGGUCAGGUCUAUCACUCGUUAUUUGCUUUUUGUUUGGCAUUUCAAUAUGCAAGUGUUGAAGUAUUUAUUGUUAUUCUCUGAGAAUGUUAAGUGUUUCGCAAGCGAACAACUGAAGCGCAUUACCAUCAGGGGUCAAACAAAUGUUUAGUAUCUUAGCAUUUGUGUUCUGCCUGAAGUACUUUAACUGAAAUGCUGCACACCACAUGUCCAACGAUUGUUACAUUAUUUCUGAAUAUGAUUGGACAACACAAUCAUCAGUCAUCACAAUCUUUCCACAUUCUCAUGUUUUGCGCCAGGACGAAACAACACUCAGUUGUCUAGUCUCUUAUAUUUUGUUUUACACUCAAAACAUGGUAUAUUUACACUGGCAGAAUGUUGAGUACAUUUAACAGACUGUGUACUAGACUGGAAACACUGCCUUGAUAAGAUCAACUGCUAUUUUUGUAUAUUGUUUUUGUUCUGUUUUUACUUCUUUUCAUCAAAUACUGUAUGUAACUUGGAGCAAAAAGAUUUAGCUUUAUACCCAAAGCAGUUUUCUGCUGUACAGUACUGUACUGCACUUGGAAGUAUUGGAGAGAUUGUUACUGAUAGGAAUGUGUACAAUAUAUCUAUACAACUGAAUGUAUGGUCUAAUGAUGCUAUUAUGCUUGAAUAUUAAUACUUAAAAAUGUGUAUGGUUAUUUAUGUGUACAUACAACUGGAUGUAUAUACAAAACAAAUAUAUAAUAAACAUUUAAA